AAUAGGAAUGUUUACUAGCAACGAUAAAUUUAAGAUUCAGAUGCUGUUCACCCCGAUGUUUACCUCACAAAUAUCAAGAUACACAUACACAGACACAGAUACAGACAUAGACCAGUACAACUACAAUAUGAAAAAUAAAAGUACAAGCAGGUUUAAACGCGGCAACGUGCGUUACUCUUUCGCUGUCUCUGUCUAACUUUAAUCACUUGUCCUGAUAUCCUCCCCCGCAACUUGUCUCUUUUCUCUCUUUUCUCUCUUUCUCCAACUUCUCUCUCUCUCUCUCGAUUCUACACUCUACCCACUCUACACUCUCCAACCUCUCCAACAACACCAGAGUUUAGUUUAUCUUUCUCUUUCUCUUGAUAAUUCUCUUAUAGUUUUUGUCCUCGUCGCGGACAACGAACAGCAAACCAAUGGCAGCACGUCGUUACAUUAGCACAUCUACAAACUACAAAGAGCAUCUGAGAAACGUGCGCAGCUGUGAAACGUGAGCUCAAGCUGCUCUCUGCUGCUCUCUGUGCCUCUGUGUCUGUGCUGUGGUCUUGGAUCGUCGAGUCUUGUUCGUCUUUCUUGUCUUGCUUUUCUGUUUCUGACUUGUGACUACUCCGAAACUGUCUGAAACUCUGAAUCUGAACUGAUCUGAACAUCUGAACUCACUCGUUUCUCUCUUCUGUCGUCGUCAUUUAAUUUUUAUUCUACAAUUAAUUAUUCACAAAAGUUUAUAAUAAUAAAAAUAAUGGGUUUGAUUAUUUCAAGUGGAGUGAUGUCUGAAUAUCGUGAUAAAGAUUUAUCGGUUUUAUUGUUUUGUCAUUCAGGAUAAUGCUUUGUGAAUGUCCUUUGUGGAUAAGUUUAAUUUAAAAAUCCAUUAUUUUUUUUUCCGCAUAUUUUAAAUAUUUCGUUAUUUCAUUGUUGUCAUUAUCAAGUUGUGAUAAAUUUUUUUAUUAUCUAGUGCGUUAGAAUAAUAAUCACAAUGGAAGCACUUCGACUAGCAAUUCAAACUAGGUUGGGGGAGAGAAUGGUCAGCAUGAGUUCGAUGCUCGUGGAAACUGUGAGCAUCAACUACGAGGACUUUAACGAAAGUUUUUUGACCUGUGGAACUUGCCUGUGUGUUUACGACGGUAGCGAGCACACGCCAAAACUUUUGCCAUGUUCUCACACGGUAUGUUUGCACUGCCUGACAAGGAUCGCGGCUUCACAGACACGAGAAGCCGGUCAUUUCCGGUGUCCUAUUUGCCGGGAACUUAUAACUAUUCCUCGUGGCGGCGUACCAGCACUGCCACCCAGCUUCCUCGUGAACCAGCUUCUGGACUUGAUGUCACGCCAGCGACGUGAGGUUAUUCCUAAAUGUUCAGUUCACAUAAAUCAGGAAUUGUUGUUUUGCGAAACUUGUGAUACGGUAUUUUGUACUGUCUGCACUGGUGGUAAUCAUGCUGACACAUCACCAGGUUGUACUGAGCAUACUAUUAUACCAUUUAGCAUCGCUAUUAAAAGAAUGUCGGAAAUAUUACUUUAUAAAGCCAACGAGUGUAUUUCAAAGCUAACACAUGCUCAAGAAUCAGUUAGCACUGAAUUACGGCGUUUGGAAACUGCUAUGGAGAGAUGUAUAAAUGUUGUAGAUGCUGAAUUUACAGAAAUAAUAGCUAAAGUUGAACGAAGACGGGACGAGCUCCAAGAAGCUGUUGCUGCAGCGGCUAGAGACAAAAAACGUGUACUUGAAGAACAACUCGCGCUUAUUGAAGCGGAAAAAAAUAAAGUUCAACAAGAGUGUGAAGGUUUGCAGUAUCAAGUGGAAGUAAGAAAUAUAACACAGAGAAUAGGAAGCCUUACUGAUCAAUUGGACGCAGCAGUGGCACUCAGUGAGCCGCGCGAAAAUGCAUUUAUUACAGCGGAAUUUAAUCACAAUAGCGCAAUUGAGGAAUUGGAAAAAGCUUUGGACACACUUGGGCGAGUGCGUUCUAGCACAACAUUACCUGGACUGUGCAGAGCUAGUUUAAAAGAUGAAGCCAUAGCUAAAUUGGAAACAACUGUGAUAGUAGAGACUGUUGAUUACCACGGACAUCCCCGUAAUGUCGGUGGUGAUCCUAUAAGUGUUGAGUUGACGCUAGCAGACACACCUGAUAAUCAAAUCAUUGAAACACAAGUUCAAGACCUGGACAAUGGAACCUACGAAGUGCGAUUCAGACCACCUUGUGAAUCGCGUUAUGCCUUGAAGCUAUCGGUUUUUGAGAGACCUAUCAAAGACUAUCCAAUGUUUUUUGAUGCCACUGGUCACAAUGAACCAGUUAAGGUUUAUGGGCGCAAAGGACAUGGAAAAGAUGAAUUUCUUCAACCUGUAGCUGUUGCUGUUGACGAUGAUGGAUUUAUUUAUAUUGUUGACUCGGGAAAUUCACGUAUUAAGGUACUGGACAGUAAUUUAGAGUUUCAAAGACACGUCACCAACGAAGGCUUGGAGGGACGGAGUUGCACUGGAAUAGCUAUUUCAGAGCAAGGAUUAGUUGUCGUAAAUUGGAGAACGCGUACAAUUACAGAAAUGAGCACACUGGGCGACACUAUUCGCUCGUUCACACACAAUGCGUUCCAGGAGCCGAUUGAUGUGGCGGUAGAUCGGAGUUAUGGGCAUAUACUUGUCGCUGACAAUGGGCAGAGCUGCGUUUUUGUCUUUGACUCUGAUGGAAAGGUACUUUUCCAAGUUGGAAAGAAAAGUAUGCUCAAGUUAAUUAGCUCAGUGACUGUUGGACCUGCCGGAGAAAUUUUAGUUGCCGAUUCUAGGAUACAAGUUUUUUCAGCUAAAGGAGAUUUUUCUGAAGAAAUAAAUGCCGAAGGAAAAGGUAAAGGUAAAUACGGAGGAAUAGCCGUUGAUCAAGAUGGAAAAAUAGUGGCAUCACGUAGUGACAAAGGCCGAAGUAUAAUUCAAGUUAUGAAACUCGGAGGUGGUGCAAUCCUCACGGAAAUAGAUUCACACAGCUCAAAAUUGCGACGUCCAACAGGCAUCGCGGUCUUACCAAACAAUCAUCUAGUGGUUGUCGACUUAGGUAAUGAUUGUAUAAAAAAAUAUCGAUACUGGUAAACUUUAAAUCAAGUUUAUUUAUUUAAUUGAUUGAUUUAAUAAAAAUACCAGUUUAGUUGUAAUUUAUCGGUUGUGUAACGAGAUCGCUUAGGCUACACCGUCCCAGUCAGUGCCACUGCCGCACUGUUUUAUUUUAUACUAAUUUUAUUUAUAAUUAUAACGUUCAAAUUAAUUAUUUACUGCCUUGUCUCAGUUAUAAAGCACAAUCAAAAGCUUAAAAAAAAACUCUUACCUACUUAUUUAAAUAAUAUUAAAUGACAAUUCAUUAUUUAUCAUUUAAAUACAGAGAUUGUACAUAAUACUUAUUUCAGUAUUAAACAAAAAUAAUUAGAUUAAAUAUUCGACGUGAGGGGUAAUCUCAAAGCUAUUUAUUUUAAAUAAUAAAUCACCGCCAAUAUUUUAAAUAAACUAAUAAUAAUAAUAUUAAAAAUUGUAAAUUGUGUAUUAUAUAUAACUAGUCGUUAAUUAACAGUCAUUUUUAAAUUACGGCAGUUUACUUAAUAUUUUUUCUGUCCAUUAAAUAAUAUUUAUAUUUUUACAUUCCUCUUUCAAGUUUUAUGUGGAUAAAAAAAAAAUACAACUGUUUUAUUAACGAUUAUAUUUAUUGUAUCCCUCAACGUUAAGAAUAAAACGGGUUAAUCAAAAUUAUUUUUAAAUGACUGAUAAAUAAUUUUUGAUUGGUAUAAUUUGUUUAUUAUUUUCUUUUUUUUUUAAAUCUAGUCAUCACUCUCAUACUUAAUGGACUGUUUUACUCUACUGUAU